CAACUCUUCGUCUUUGUCUUUCAAUGUCAUACGAUCUUUUUCUCUUAGAAGGCUCUUUCUUUCGAAGCCCUACCUCUGAUAUCGUCUCCUCCGAUGUUGAUUUUCAGUUACUAUCUGAACCCUUUUUGCCUUUCCCUGAUCCAACAUCGUCGCCCACUGAAAUCCUCCAUGAUUUCUCCGACGGCCAAUCAAACGGCUUUCACCAAUUCUCAAUUGAAACUGAACUAUGCUCCUCUGCUAAUAAUCUCUUCUCUAGUUCUCCUCCCAGCCAAAAAUUGAGUAACUUGUCGCUUGAGCCAACAACCCAGGCUAACUCUCAACCUACCGAACUCAAUUCUGCUGAUGGGCUAACAUGUUGGUCUGCUUUGGAUAUGGACACAUUUGGGUUGUUGUCAGAAGGUUGUUUUGUGAAUCUUCAAUCUUCUCUUCUUCCUACCAGUUAUAGUAGUAACGGUGCUCAGAAGGACCCAAAUGGAAUGUUGCAGAGGAGCUUCAGUAGCCAAUCUGUCGACCAAAGACCCGGUUUUUCUUACCAUCCUCGCAUCAGUACUUUAAUGGAAUCCCCAAAUUUCCCAAUUCAAGUUGUGGUUCCACCUGAGAACACUAACUGUACCGUGCCCAUGCGGAGGGUCUGCAGCACAGGCGAUUUACAUAGAAUUACACGAACACACUUGAAUCAUGGAUUUUCUUCCAAUCCGUUAGCUGUAGAUAGCACAAUCAUGGAGGAAACCAACUUCAAAGUAGGAAGGUAUAGCCCAGAAGAGAGGAAACUGAGAAUUCAUAGGUACAGAAGCAAGCGCACACAGAGAAAUUUCAACAAGACAAUAAAGUAUGCAUGUCGGAAGACACUAGCCGACAGUAGGCCAAGGGUACGUGGCAGAUUUGCUCGCAACGAAGACAGUGGAGAGAUUCCCAAACUUUCAGGUUUAAACCGUGAAGAAGAAGACGAAGAUGAUCUUUGGGUAGAUCUCUUUUUUCUCUCCUUUUCUCUUAAUAAUGUAAUCUGUUGGAAAAAGGCGAGAAGCUUUUUUCUCCAAUUCCCUUUUGCAACACUGAGGAAAGAGACAAGAUGGGUUCAAAUCAAAUAAACAUAAAAAUGUAGUUUUAACUUACUGUGACUCUAAAGCAU